AUGACCUGCAAAUACACAGCUGACAACGGCCACAAUGUCACCACAGUCUUCUGGUACCUCAAAGCAAUUUCGGGUGAGGAGCCUGAGGAUAUUUCACUGGAUCCAAGAUUUCAAGGACGAGUGGAAUAUCUCGGAGACAAGGAACAGGACUGUGGUCUCAGAAUCUCAGAUGCGAGAGAGAAUGAUUCAGGCACUUAUGACUUUUUGUUUAAGACCAACAUGAAUGAGGGAAGUCAGACCAGUGAAUCUGGAGUCCAGGUCACCGUUACAGCUCUCCUCUCCUGCGAGCUCCAGGACUCCUGGACUGAUUCACAGCCUGACUUCAUUGUCCUGCUACCGGAGUGGUCCUUGUCUGCUACAUUGCCAGCUACCACGAGCCCAUCUGCUUAUCCGGCCGAGAUCUCCUCCUCCCGGUGCGGUCUGUCCCACUGGGCUCGGAAGCUUCACUGGCUUCCUAUCCCACAACGGAUCCAAUUCAAAGUCCUCCUCUUCACUUACAAAGCCCUCCCUAACCAGGCCCCCUCCUACCUCACCGACCUGCUCCAUCACCACACUCCUUUCCGCAGCCUCCGCUCUUCUGAUGCCAAACUCCUGUCUGUGCUGUCUAUGAAAGAUGUCUUGACUGAGGGCGACUGGUUGAUACUGAGCUGUGGCAACUGUAUCCCCACCAGUUUCAUACCCACCUACGUCUGGAAGAAAGACGGACGUCCCCACGCCACCAAACAAGGCAACAACAUCCUCGAGAUGGAAUCCGUUAAGAUGGAGGACGGGGGCGAGUACUCCUGCUCAAAGGUAAAAGCUCAGCUGGAUGAGGUGUUAAAUACACUGGAGAGGAAAUCUGAUAAAUCCAGUAAAUCAGAAAAUCUGGCAUCAAGAGCAACCACAAUUCUAAACAUUUCUGAGACACUGGUCUCUUUACUGGUGAAACCAACAGACACAGAAGAGCUCCUCAACUUUACCUCCAACACCACUGAGGUCAAAGUCUACACUGUUGGACCAAAUGCCACUUUAAAAAAUGUCCUUCGGCUCAAUAAUACUGCUGCUCUCAUGGAUAUCGACAUCAUCAGUAUUGCAAAGAACAACAAGGGACAUGCAUCUGUGGCCUUCAUGACGUAUGACAACAUGUCAGAAAUACUGAAGCCCACCUUCUUCCCCUCAAAGAAAGGCACAGUCAACACUAUGAUGUCCACAGUAGUCUCAGCCUCCCUGCCCAAAACCACCAACAAAAUGCUUAUCAAUCCAGUUAACUUCACCCUGAAACACAUCAGAGAGACGGAUCCUACAGGAACCCUUUACUGUGUCUACUGGGACAAAACUGAAUGGAGCACAAAUGGCUGUGUGAGAAUCAGGGAGGAAAAUUCCAAUGAUACAAUCUGUUCCUGCACACACUUGUCUACCUUUGCUCUCCUCAUGCAAACUGAAAAAUUACCUGAGUGGAGUCAUCGCUUGGAGCUGCUGAGCACGAUUGCUGUUACAGUAGGGCUGAUCUUCCUGUCCUUGGCUGUUUUCACCUUCAUCCUGUUUCGUAAGAACUCGAGAGUGAGCAGCGUACUUCGACUGAACCUCUGCAUCUGUCUGCUGCUAGCACACCUCCUCUUCCUGCUUACUCAACGUUUUCUGGCUCACAGCAGUUACAAGGUAGCAUGUGCUGUGUUUGCUGGAAUAUUGCACUUCCUUUUUCUCUCUGCAUUUAUGUGGAUGUUCCUUGAGGCCAUAACACUCUUCAUCUCCGUGAAGAACCUAUCAAAGAUCAAAUCCAGGCGGAGGGAGGUGCUUCACUGGAAAUACCAACUUGUGAUUGGUUAUGUGGUCCCCACUCUUGUGGUUGGUGUAUCUGCAGCUGUAGUGCGUGACAGUUAUGACAGUGAGGCGUGCUGGAUUAAGUUGGGGACGAGCUUUGUCUGGAGUUUUUUGGGUCCUGUUUGCUUCAUUCUUACAGUGAAUCUGAUCCUCUUCAUCACCAUCAUCAUCACUCUUCAGUGUACACUGAUGCACCUGAGCGGUGAUGUCUCACAGAUCAAAAACAGCAGGACUAUGGUGUUCAAAGCACUGGCCCAGUUUUUUAUACUGGGUUGCCCCUGGAUACUAGGGUUCUCCAUAAAGCAUGGUGAAGGGGUGGAGAUCAUCUUCCUACUCCUCAUUUCACAGCAAGGCACCUUCAUCUUCCUGGUCCACUGUGUCCUCAGUGAAGAGGUCAGAAAACAGUACAAAAAGUUGUGGUACACCCUCUGCCCUCACCAUGAGUUUGGUUCAUCAGAACAUGAGCAGAUGACAGAGGUGAGUGACAUUGGCUGA